GAUUGUCGAGCUCAACGGCUGGUUAAAAAAGGAACCAUUAAGAAAAAUGCACCUUUUUAAUUUCAGUUAAAAACAUCUGGAUCCGUGAAACUGCAGAUGUGAUGCUGUAUGAAGUCAUUCACAGUACUUCUGAAGUUGUGUUUUGUCUGUUAAGUCUUGCUGAGCUUUGGUCGUUAAACAGUGACACAGCGGAGCAUGGACUUCACUGAGUGUUACGGAGACACGAUGUCCAGCGUGGCCGCGGCAGCUCGGUCCGGCUGCAGGAGGCGGCUGCGGAGGCUUAUACAGAGAGGCUACAGCGUGGACUGUCGGGACAACCGCGGCUGGAAAGCGCUGCACGAAGCGGCGGCAGCGGGCAGCAAAGGGUGUGUGCAGGAAAUCCUGUCUGCGGUCAGAGGCUCCUCCAGUGGUAGUUUUGCUUAUGUGAACUCUCUGACACAUGAGGGGGAGUCUGCGUGUUACCUGGCAGCGCAGCGUGGACACCUGGAAGUGGUCCGAUUCCUCCUCAGAGCACAUGCUGAUAUCAACCAGCUCACUAAUGACUUGUCCUGUCCUCUUUAUGAAGCUGUUAACAACGGGCACACCGAUGUUGUGGAACUGCUGGUCAGUGAAGGUGCAGAGGUCAACAGAAUGCACACAGAGUCCUGCUGGACGUGCCUUCACCAAGCUGUUUAUAAGGGUCACAGUGAGAUUGUGCACAUUCUUGUUAACAAAUGCAACCUGGAGGCAGUAGACGAUCACGGGAUCACCCCAUUAUUUGUGGCUGCACAGUAUGGACAGAGGGAGUGCCUGGAAAUACUUGUUAAUGCUGGUGCCAACGUGAACACGCAGGCAGCUGAUCUGGCUACGCCCCUGCUGAUUGCCUCUCAGGAGGGACACCAGGGUUGUGUGGAUUUUCUGUUGGACCAUGGGGCCGACCCUAACCUGGCCUGCAGUCAUGAGUGGCCCCAGUUUCCCAUUCACGCUGCAGCCGAGUUUGGCCACAUCGGUAUCCUCAGGAGGCUGAUAGCUGAUACGGAUCGUGCGUGCGACCGUGAUGAGGGCAUGGUGAGUCCGCUCUACAUGGCCAUCCACAGCAAUCAGAGCCACAUUGUCAAGAUGCUGUUGAGGGAAGGUUACAGCCCAGAUGCCCAGGACUGCUCACACACCCUGGGCAUCCACUCACCACUCUCCCUGGCCUUGUGUCAUACAUCCGAGAAACCAUACAGUGAGUCGGUGAAACUGCUGAUAGCUGCGGGAGCAAGUUUGAGUGAGGAGGACUGGAUGUAUGCUUUGGCCACUGAUGAAACAGACCUGCUGCAACUGAUUCUUAAGCACAGAUGGAUUCCUCGACCGGAGGCUUUGACCAGUGACCACUCUGUACCACAGCAUGAUGGGAAAACUGAGCUGACACUGAAAGAACUGAAUGAGCUGCUCUGUGUGGCUCUAAACCAAAUACAUUUUGCUGGCUGCUGGCUUCCUCUGCUCCUGAAGGCAGGACUGGAACCAUCUUUACUGCUUCAGCCCCACAUGUUGGAAGAGGCAGACAGUGAGGUGUUGAAUUACCUACUUGAGUUUGUAAACUGGUCGACUGUGGCUCCCCUUUUGAAACAUAUUCUGGAUCACAGGCGGGUAGAAAAGACCUGGGAUCCACGUCCAUGUUUUGACUCCAUCCCCUGUCUUUCCCACAUCUGUCGGCUGCAGGUCAGAACUCUGCUGGGACCAGAUCUACUGAUGAGGACCAGUGUAGUCCAGCAGCUCCCUGUGCCCAUCCCACUUCAGGAAUUCCUUCAAUUCAGGGACAUUUCGGAAGCUUCCUACACACACACGCCGCCAUCACCAAUUUUAGAUCGAAUAGAGGAAUACCGCAAUACACACCAGCACAGACAUGUUCUUUAACCACAUCAGUGGGUCAUAUUUAAACUUAAGAAUCUAUAUUGUUCCAUUAAAUGGAAAUGUUUCAUUGCAUGUCUGGUGCAUCAUUUUAUAUACAUUCCCUCAAAAUAUAACCUGUUUGGAAUAUGGAGGGAUUUGAGGUUUAAACAGAAGAAUGUCAGACACUAAAAGAGAUGGUCUUAUGAUACAGAAGAGUGACAAAUUAAUGGAGAAACCAAAAGGCUUAGUGGGGUCAGGUUAAUUGGUGAUUCUAAAUUGCCCAUAGGUAUGAAUGUGUGACUGGCUGUCUUUCUGUGUUAGUCCUGCGGCAGGCUGGCGACUUCUACAGGGCAAACCCUGCCUUUCACCCCAUGACAGCUGGGAUAAGCUCCACCCCACCACCCCCACCUUGCUACCCUGAACAGGAUAAGAGGAAGUGAGUGGAUGGAUGGAUGGAUGGAUUAGAAAGCAUCGUACUGAGUGUUGUGCCACCAGAACAGCUCCACUGCUCCUUGAUGCUGAUUCUUGAAAUUCACUGGAGGGAUGGGCACCAGUCUAUCAAAAUAUAUCCCCUCAUUUGUUUUGAUGAUGGUGGAGAGCUAUCUAAUGGUCCAAAAUCUCCCACAGGUGUUUAUUUGUUUUGAAAUAUGGUGACUGAAGGCACAUGAUUCACAUAGUGUCCAGUGCCUGUUAGGUUUGUUCAGGGGUAAAGCUUAGUGAAGAACACCUUUAUUCUUCUUGUGGAUUCUUCUUGUGCAAGUGAUAAACAUCAGGAGAAAGCAAUCCUGUCGGAGCCCUCCAGCUAUGCUGUGCUUAUUAAGGACAGCUCUGGUGAACCUUUGGAAUGUAACAGCCAGCUCACUAGUGGUUAAAAUAACAAGAGCUGUCAUCCUAAACCAGCUAAACCUGUCUUGUGUGUGUGAGUCAUAUGCUUGUCCCCUGUAUUGGCACUUGAUCAUCAAAUGUUUGCUUUAAGGGGACAAUUAGAUGGCUUAAGAGAGUCCACAGACCCAAUUACUAUAGCGGUGAAGGGUUCACCUUUUUCUUUUAAUUUACCUGUCUGUAAUUCAACUGUUACUUUACAUAAAUUAUUUUAAUCAUUUUCAUAUUGUAUUGUACCUAAAUGCUUUGUAACAACUUGCAUGGCUGAGCCUUUAGCAUUAAUGCUGUGAUUUAAUAAAAUUAUUUUUCUAAUUUAAGUAAAAAUUUC